CCUCCUCCCUCGCUCUGACGUAUAUUCAUAGAUCUCUCUGUGCCUCAGUCUUGUACUCCGACCUCCGACUGAAGUGAGGUACUCGUUAGACUCGAGAUCGUAGUUCGAGCUUCAGCGAUGGCGCCGAAGGCAGCUGCCGAUGCAGAGAAGAAGGAGGCGAAGGUCGCCGCCAAGGGCGAGAAGCGUGGACGAGGUCGACCGAAGGCCGAGAAGAAGCCGGCGAAGGAGGGCGGGCUAGGGCCCAAGGAUGGAGCCAAGAAGAAGAAAUCGAAGAAGUCGGUCGAGACUUACAAGAUUUACAUCUACAAGGUGCUCAAGCAGGUCCACCCCGAGUUCGGAAUCUCGUCGAAAGCCAUGGGGAUUAUGAACUCUUUCAUCAACGACAUCUUCGAGAAGCUGGCUUCUGAGGCUGCUCGUCUUGCUCGCUACAACAAGAAGCCGACCAUUGCUUCUCGCGAGAUUCAAACUGCCGUGCGACUCACUCUGCCCGGCGAGCUGGCCAAGCAUGCCGUCUCGGAGGGCACCAAGGCCGUGACGAAGUUUACUAGUGUCUGAGUUUUCUGUGGCAUCGAACCGAAUGAGGUUGAUGAACUUUUGUAAAAUAGGACUGCACGCCAUGUUAUGGCUAGAUCAACAAUCAGUUGAUCCACACUUAGACUUGCGUAGCCCCGCGGAUAGAAGCUUCGGCUCGAAGUUGUACAUACAAUUGGUGUGAGACACUCAGAAAUUGAAGAUUUUACAGCUCUCGGAAUUCUGAACCACC